AUGACCAAUUUUUCAAUAGCACCUGAACCAUUAAAUAAACUUGUUUGGCAUUUUGGUGGUAAAAAUUCAGAAUUAUCUUCAUCAAUAUUUGUUGAAAAUGUUGAUGGAAAAAAUCUUGAACAUUAUCAAUUAAAACCAUCACCAACAAUAAAUUCAUACGUAGCAGGAGAAAAUGUGAAUAUAGCUGAACGUUAUUUACUUGAAGCAAUAAGAGCACCGGCAAGUGAAGCAGAAGAAAAAUGGGACCAAUUUGUUCAACGAAUCGAACAGGAUUAUCAUGAUUGUUCACAAAUAAAAAAAAUAAUACAUAAUUUAGAUAAAACGAAACAAUAUUCAGCUUUACAUUAUGCUGUUUGGUAUAAUAAUAUCGCUGUUUUAGAAAAAUUAUUAGAGAAAAAAAGUAAAUUUUCUUCAGAUAUAAAUAUAUUAAGUGGUAAUGGUGAACAUGUUCUUCAUAUUGUUGCUCAAUCGAAAGCGAUUUGGAUGAUAGAUGAAUCAAGAGAAGCAAGAUCUGCGAAAGAGUCAAGACAACGUAGAGAUGAAGCAUCACCAAUACCACGUACAACUGAUUCUCGAGUUGAACCUCAAAAAGACUUAUCUAAUAUGCCAAAAGUACUUCAAUUAUUAUUACCAUUAUGUAAAAAAGUCAAUUACAGAGAUAAUGAAAAACGAACACCAUUGCAUGUUGCUGUUUUACUCAAUCGACCUAUCUAUGUGAACAUUUUACUUCAAUGGCAAGCUGAUAUUUCGGCAAAAAGUAUUCUUCAACAUAAUGUUUUUCACUAUGUUGCAUUAUCAUUAUGUUCACCUGAAGAUAAAGAUAAAAUGUUCGAUAUAUUUAUAAAUUCACCUAAAAUAAAUUCAUCUUUAUUAACAACAAAAAAUCUUGAUGGUCAUACACCUUUAUCAAUGGCUGUUGGUUAUGGUACACCACAUAUGAUAAAUACCAUUGUAUCAAGAAUUGAUACUAAUUUAUUUCGAAAUGAAUUACCUAUAUGUAUUGAUAUGCUUGCAAAACGCUCAACAACAUUACCAACAGAAAUUCUUGAACGAUUUCUUCUUGCAUAUUAUCGUCCACAAGAUUCUGCAAUUAUUUUUCAUAUUAUUUGUCAUUAUGAUAAUCAUGAACUACUUAAAUAUAUUCUUGAUUAUACACAAAAAAAAACAAAUAGUCUAAAUCAAUUAUUAGAACAAACUGAUAAACAUGGUUAUACACCAUUAUUAAUAGCUGCUUAUUAUGGUCAUAAAUCAAUUGUUGAAAUAUUACUUGACUGUAAAGCUCAAUAUCUUCAUGUAAUGACACAUGACAAGAAAAACAUACUGCAUCUAAUUGCACAACGACAACAUGAACAUGUUUUCAAUGUAUUAAAGAACAAAUUAAAAGCAGAUGAUUUUUUAUUGUUAAUGUCUACUCAUCCGCUACAAGCAACACCAUUACAUGAUAUAAGUAAAACAAAUAACGUUGUGUUAUGUGAUUCUAUGUUAAAUAGUUAUAAUGGUGAUAAAUUAUCAUUAUUUCAACAUCAAAAUGCUUAUGGACGAACAAUAUUUCAUGAAGCAUGUGAAUAUGGACGUUUAGAAAUGGUUAAAUAUUUAACUAGUGAUGAUUUAAUAAAAGAUAAAGAAAUUAAAAUUAAAUUAUUAGCUACUGGAGAUGAUGAAAGACGAACAUGUUUACAUUUGGCAGCAGCUGAAGGUCAUGCUGAUGUAGUUGCAUAUCUUCUUCAAACGCAUCUUGUCAAUAUUGAUGCAUUAACAGAUAAAUGUGAAACAGCAUAUCAUUAUGCUUGUGCAAAUGGAUAUCGAUCUGUAGUUAUUGAAUUAUUAGCGAAUGAAUGUGAUACAUUAAUACGUAAUACUCACCUUUAUAAUGGUCUAGAAUUAGCUAUAUUAAAUCACAAUCAAGAUGUAGCUCGUUUAUUAUUACUUGGAUAUUAUGAUUGGCGUCCAAUGUUGCAAAAUGCUCAAAUUAUAUUGGAUUCAACUACUGGUGCAUAUGAUACACCAUUUCGAAAAUUAAUACGUUAUAUGCCUGAACUAGCAACAGAUGUUAUUGAUCAACAAUUUACACGAACAAGUGGAUUUGAAAAUAUGACUGUUGAUAAACAAAUAUAUGAUUAUGAAUUUUUUGAAGAUCACUUAACUGUUAAACAUUGGUAUUCAAAAGGUAAUAUAACAAAUAAUGAUGCACUUGUUACAUGUUGUGGCAUAUUUAAAUAUCGAACUGAAUAUGAACCAUAUACAGGUGAUUCGUAUACACUUGUACGUAAUCAUCCAUUAUUUAUAAUAUCUGACUCUGAAAAUCAAUCAUUAAUGGAACAUUCAUUUUGUCAAACAUUACGAAGAAAAAAAUAUUCACAAUUUGGUCAAUAUCUACUUAUUCUUUCAUUUAUACUUUAUCUUCUUUAUCUAAGUGCUUAUACAGCAAUUAUAUUACAUACUAAACAUCCACAAUAUUUCUAUUCAUUAGUUAAUGAAACAUCAAUUUAUAAUUAUGUUUGUGAAUCAGUAGCAAAUCGUUUAAUAGCAAAUAAUAUAACUGCAGCUUAUAAAGAUAAAACAUUUAAAAAUUUAAAAAUUGGUGUUUAUACUUUUUUAUGUUUAUUUAUUGCAAAAAAUUGUAUUUUGAUUUUAACAUUAUUUCCAAGAUUAUUUCGAAAAGGUUCAUAUUAUUUAGAAGCUACAGCAUUUAUUUUAGCAUUUGUUUGUGUAUUCGACCAUGAUGAAUGGCUUAGUCCUUUAGCACUUCGAUGUCCAACUCAAUAUCAAAUUGGCGCUAUGGCUCUAUUGCUAUCAUGGCUUAAUUUGCUUGUCUAUAUUCGAUGCAUACCAAUAAUUGGCAUAUAUGUUGUAAUGUUAGAAGUUAUUUCAAAAAAAUUUGUACGUUUUCUACCGGUUCUUCUUGUGAUUAUAUGUGGUUUUGGUUUUACAUAUUAUGCUUUACUUCAAAAUCAAGAAGUUUAUUCAACACCAUUAUUAUCAUUAAUUAAAACAAGUUUAGUUAUGUUUGAAAUGAAUUUUGAUGAUAGAAUCUAUAAACAAUCUGAAGGUGGUAUAAAUUAUUAUCCAGUUACAUUUAUACUUUUUAUUCUUACUGGUUAUGUCAUGACUGUAUUUGUCAUUAAUUUAUUAAUUGGUUUGGCUGUUGGUGAAAUUCCAACAUUAGUUGAACAAGGUACACUUCUUCAAAGUCGUAUUUCUUAUGAUACAUUAUCUGAUUAUGAAAUACUUCGUUUACAAAUACGUUCAGUGUUUUUAUGGAUAAUAUCACAUAUAUGCUGUUGUUGUUCAUCAUCAUUUAAACAUAAAUUAUAUCUUCUUGUUGAUCGAUCAUUUUUACAUCAACAUCCUAUUUUAUUUCAAAUAAAUGAUCGAAAAGAAAAUAGUAUAUUAAAACGUAUUGCUCAAUAUCUAAAAAAGAACAUUUUAAAUGAACAAAUACAAGAGAAUGUUGAUGAAGAAGUUAAAGAACAAUAUGAAAAAAGAAAAAAAACAAAACUUCAACGAGCUGAUGAUGAUGAAAAGCAAGAAAAAAAAGAAUUAGCUGCUUUACAAAGUAAAAAGAAACUUAAACCAUAA